GUCGCGACCUAUCGUGACAUUCCAAUAAUACGAGAGGAAAAAAUCAAGUUCAUCGAGAGAAGGACCAAGAAGAUGCCACGCAAGCGACGUGCCUCGACGCCGACGUUGGAUGCCGACGAAGAGGAGUUCGUUUCGGAAGAGAAGUACAGCAAGGAUGACUUGGACAGCCGUGCACCAAGGAACGCGGCGAAUGCGAGGGAACGAGCACGCAUGAGGGUGCUCAGCAAGGCGUUUUGUAGACUGAAGACUACUUUGCCCUGGGUACCAGCUGAUACGAAGCUCAGCAAGCUGGACACCCUUCGUCUUGCGGCUACAUACAUCGCUCAUCUUCGCGCGGUCCUCAGGGAUGACGGCGACGCGCACUCGGAGACCACUAGAUCGCUGUCUUUGGCACUGUCGUGGCCAUUUGCUCUGCAAGGAGGGAACGCUUCCAUGUUAAUGAACAACAGUUGCAACGUGUCAUCGUCAACGUCAUCGGGUUCUAAUCAGUUCCGUGGUCAGCAGGGAGCCCACGAGAUCCAGAAUUUCCAUCAUUCUGGACAUCAGAGCAUGUCAAUGCGUCACAAUCACGAGCCACAGCUCUCCUAUUUCUAAUACCUCUACCGAGCCAAGGCAUUGGAGCCUCUUCAUCGAAAAACGAAAGAGAAUCUUGCUGUUUGUGAAUGAAAAAGCUUCGUUCCUUACCAGAUGAUGGUACCAGAUGGAUAAUCGUGGAAAUCUAUAUUUAUUUCAGAGUGCCUUAUUAUUCCACUAUUUAUUG